GCGGGCCCAAGGUCAGAAGCUGAGACUGAUUCGUCCGACCCGUUCUUUACGUGCAGCAGGCUGCGGAACGACGUACGACCACCGGCAUCCACAUUCGACCUCCCUACUCGUAUCCUUUCUGUCCUUGAACCUCAUCUAAUUCCGAACUGAGCCCGUUCAAAUCCUCAAGCACCAGUAGUAUAUCAUGGCAUCUUCGAAAGGGUGGUUUAACCUUGAGGCCGCGUCAAGCGUCAUCCCAGACAACCAGUUCUUCGAGGGGGACUCGGCGUUUUCGUUCCUGGGGUUGACGAGGACGCAGAGGCUGUAUGGCUUUGUGGGAUGUCUCGUAACGGGUUUCAUACUGAGUAUUAUCGGGUCGGCGUUGCUAUUCAUUGGCUUGCUAGGGAGUUUUGCGCUGCUCUAUGUCUUGGGCACAAUCAUUUCGCUCGUCGGCACUGGAUUCUUAAUAGGCUUCUUUAAGCAACUCAAGCUCAUGUUCAAGCCCGUCCGAGUGCUCGCCACGAUUAUCUUCCUCGGGUCUAUAGUGCUGGUCUUCGUAGGUGCCUUCGUCAUAGGCAGCGACCUUCUGUGCAUCCUGUUCGUGAUCAUCGAGUACCUUGCAUACACAUGGUACACACUCUCGUACAUUCCUUACGCCCGGACGGCUGUUCUCAAAAUGGUGGGCAUGUCCUAAGUGUUGUACCCUUGCCUGUCCUGGACCGCAUGUAUGCCAUACCCCUUACGGCUGUGUACAAUAUUCUGUUAUGUCUGGACCUUUUUUCGGUGGUUACGGUAAAAUCUGGUCAUGUCAGUACUCACCCAAUAAUGCAAUGCAAAAU